CGGGCUGCGCCCAGAAGAUGUGAGAUGGGUGUGGAAAUGGGAAAAUGGGAAUUGAAGCUUCCGAAAUAGGUAGAAAACGAGUCAAAGAUGAUACCUGAAGGUUCUUGAAUUGUGAUCAAAGAUGCUUAGCUCAAACACCAUCGACCUGAUUGCUAUAGAGCACUGUGAGAACAUUGAUGAACAUUGGCUUUUCAAUGUAAUCAGAUUUUCGGGGCUUCAGUAUCAUGAUUGUGUUGCUGACGAAACCCAGCUCCUGUCGCUGUCACUGGCUUAGAGGUAUUGGUGUUUACGCCAUGGCCUCCCGAAGUUUGUGGGACAGUGAGCUCGUGGCCGGCGUGGCCUUCCGCCCUCAGCGAUGCCAAGCAUCCAAGCGAGGCCCAUGGAUCGACAGCACUUACAUGGCUGAUGUGAAGUUGGCCUAUCGCCUGUACAAAGACACACGUCAAGACUCGAGUGGCAAGGCCUUGCUGAUCUAUUUUCACGCGAAUGCAGAGUUGUGCACUGACUUGGAAACAGACGUGCACCAGUUCUUCGACUGCGGCUUUGGUGCGGUGCUGUGCCCCGAGUUCCGCGGCUAUGCCUGGAGCGAGGGCACGCCUAGCCUGCGGAGCCUGUAUCCGGACAGUGAGGCCUUAAUCAACGCCUUGCCUGAGAUUCUGGAAACUAAUGACCUCCAGCUGGACAUGCCCAUCAUUGUGCUGGGCCGGAGCUUAGGCUCCGCCUGUGCCAUCCACUUGGCCACGGCUCCAAACGUUUGCGGCCUCAUCAUCGAGUCAGGCGUCAUGGAGCUCUUAAAGCUGCCAAUGGUCAUGCAGUUUGCCAUGAUGAUGCCUCAGUUGCUCCAGGCCUUGCGCCAAGAACCUUCGCCCUUGAAGCCACUGGAGGAACUUCGGCAGGUGAGAAUCCCCACCGUGGUAAUUCAUGGAGAGCUGGAUGAGAUGAGCCCCAUUGAUCAAGCCUUUGCUGCUCAUGGAGCCUGUGCAAGCCCCGAAAAGAAACUGGUGAAGUACCGAGCAGGUCAUAACGACCUCCGGCUGCGCGCCAGAAAGGAGUACUUUCGAGAACUCCGACUGCUGUGCGAUCGUGUGGUCUCCGGUGUUCCUCAAGUAGUUCCUGAACAACCUCAAGGUUGGCUGGAGAUGCUUGGUGAAGUCUUUUCCGCCAGCUCGCUGAGAUGCCUUCCCGGCAUGCGCCGCUGCUUCGCCAGCUCCGAGGAUAUGAAUGCCGAGACACCGCGAUGAUGCAGGAAACGAGAAACGAAGA